AUGUACUAUCGCAACUGUGGAGAUCCUCUAACUUUGAUCAUAGAAGAAAGUUCGGGACUGUGUGGACCAGGCGCAGUCAUCACUGACUGUCACAUCCGGACUUUGGACACGGACGAUGGACCUCUGGAUCUGCACUUUCCCGCUGAGGACGUAGUCAACAAAGUGAUCAUGAAUCCACAGGUGCUGUUUGAUCGAGUGAGUGAACUGGAUAUGAGUAGCGACUUUGUGCAGGUUGAAUUGUCACCACUCGAUCCAUACUUUUCACUUUCCACUAAAGGUAAUUUGGUGAAGGUGACGGAUAAAGUUGACCAGGACAGCACUCAAAUACUGUCAUUCGAAGUGAAGAAAUACCAGCGCCUCUCAUACAGGACAAACAUCUUCAAACUCAUCCACAAAACUCUCCAAUGCUGUAGCAAAGUGAGCAUUCGCACCAAUGAAGAUGGAUUUAUUUGUCUGCAGUUCAUGGUUAGAUUUGACAACUGUCCCAAGAUAUGUUUCGUUGAAUUCUUUUUCGCUCCUGCUGAACAAAUUGAAAUUGACUUGUAA